AUGGGUCUGUCCAAAGCCUUCGUGUCUGCACUCUCGCUGUGCUCCGCCGUCGCCGUGGCCGCCCCGACCGGGCCAGCUCCCAACGUGCAGUUCUCCCUGAAGCAGGUCGCGGUGCCCCGGACCAAGCCUCGUGCGCCCCCAGCUGCCGACUACGCGCGCGCUCUGGCCAAGUAUGGCGCUCCAAUUCCGUCGUCUGUGCGGACGGCCGCGUCCGGCACGCAGAGCGGCUCUGCGGCCAACACGCCCGUCGCCGGCGACAGCUUGUAUCUCACGCCCGUUACCAUCGGCCAGAGCACGCUGAACCUGGACUUUGACACGGGCUCUGCGGAUCUCUGGGUCUUCUCCAACGAGACGCCCUCCAGCGAGCGCGGCAACCACGCCAUCUACAAGCCCAGCUCGACGGCCAAGAAGCUGAACGGCUACACCUGGAGCAUCUCGUACGGCGACGGCAGCUCGGCCGGCGGCGACGUCUACCAGGACAGCGUCUCGGUGGGCGGCGUCAACGCCUCCAACCAGGCGGUCGAGGCCGCCACCAAGGUCAGCUCCGAGUUCACGCAGGAGCCGGGCGACGGCUUGCUGGGCCUGGCCUUCAGCAGCAUCAACACCGUCAAGCCCAAGCCGCAGACGACCUUCUUCGACACGGUCAAGUCCUCGCUCGCCAAGCCGCUGUUCGCCGUCACCCUCAAGCACAACGAGCCCGGCAGCUACGACUUUGGCUACAUCGACAGCUCCAAGUACAAGGGCAGCAUCCAGUACACCCAGGUCGACAACUCGCAGGGCUUCUGGCAGUUCACGGCCGACGGCUACUCGAUUGGCGGCAGCAGCGGCAGCGGUGGCUCCAUUUCUGGCAUUGCUGACACCGGCACCACCCUCCUCCUGCUCGACGACCAGAUCGUCAACGAGUACUACCAGCAGGUCCAGGGCGCGCAGAACGACCAGAACGCCGGCGGCUACACCUUCCCGUGCGACGCGCAGCUGCCCGAGCUGAGCUUCACCAUCGGCCAGUACACCGCCACCGUGCCGGCCGAGUACCUCAACUUCCAGCCCGUGUCGCAGGGCAGCCAGACCUGCUUCGGCGGUCUGCAGUCCAACCAGGGCAUUGGCUUCUCCAUCUUCGGCGACGUCUUCCUCAAGAGCCAGUACGUCGUCUUUGACUCGGACGGUCCUCAGCUGGGCUUUGCUGCUCAGGCGUAG